AUGAUUGAUCCUAAAUGGACCCUGAAAAAGAUGGAUAUAAAAGAUAAGAUAAGGGCUACCCGCGAUACCCAUCAAGGGGACAACUAUAUAUAUAUACACAUAAUUUACCGUAAGUUCACAAGGGCAUCACGUCUGUGGAUAACAAUACUCGUUAAAACACUUCCUAUAGUUAUGGAGUAUAAAUACCUCGGAAAGACCGGACUGCGAGUGUCCAAUAUCUGCCUCGGGGCGAUGACUUUUGGCAGUCCACAGCUUGGGAAAUUGGACAAAGAAGGUUCGCAUAAAAUUCUGGACCGAUUCGCUGCCCUAGGAGGAAAUUUUAUUGAUACAGCUAAUGUGUAUACCAAAGGAGUAUCCGAAACUAUCAUCGGAGAAUGGCUGGCGAAACAGAAAAGAGAAGACUUUGUUAUAGCGACUAAAGUUAGGGGUCAAAUGGGAGAUGGUGUCAAUGACAUAGGUCUGUGUAGGAAACACAUCAUGGCCAGUUGUGAAGCGAGUCUUAAACGACUUCAGACAAACUACAUAGAUCUCUACCAGAUCCAUGGCUGGGACCUUGCCACGCCCCCCGAGGAAUGGUUGGGAGCUCUGCGGGACCUUGUCAGUGCUGGCAAGGUGCGCUAUAUUGGAGUGUGCAACCUGUGUGGGUGGCAGCUACAGAAAGUUGUGGAACUCUGCAAGAAUGGCGAAUACCCACCAAUUGUCAGCUUACAGCAACAGUAUAAUCUACUCUGUCGACAUCCUGAGUUUGAGGAACUUCAAGUCUGCAAGAUGGAGGGUCUUGGUGUUUUACCAUGGAGUCCUUUAAAGGGCGGCAUGUUGACAGGUAAAUACAAGCGUGGUCAAAAACCCCAGCCCACGGCGGGAAGAAUCGGAAUCGUCGCCCAGGACGAGUCCAAGGCCAUGCAGAUAGCACCUGCCUGGAGUCAGUACGAUAACAAUGCUGAGUACUGGAAACUCGUGGAGGGAAUGGGGAGGAUCGCUAAAGAAACAGGGAAGACGAUACCCCAGGUAGCCAUUCGAUGGUUGUUGCAGAAGGAUGUGGUUCCAUCAGUGAUCAUUGGUGCCAGCAGUCUACAACAGCUGGAGGACAACAUGGGUGCUUCUCAUGGCUGGCGUCUCUCAAAGGAUCAGAUGGAAGAACUUGACAAUCUUUCUCAGACAGACAUCCCUUACCCCUAUGAAGUGAUAUUGCGAAUAGGCGCUGACAGGGAUAAUCCGUUCUAUCCUCAACCUUUCGUAAAGAAUACCUACUGAAUUUUAAAACGCACUAAAACAUUUAGAUUUAUGGUUGCAACAAUGAAAAUAAAUUUUAAUGCUUAGAAAUCAA